AUGGCGUCGUUGAGGUCUGCAAUGUUUGCCGGGUACAACAAGUUCGAUGAUGCCAAAGUUCGAAUCGGGUCCUGGCGCGAGGAGCUGGCCAUGAAAGAGCUCACAGGGGUGACUCGCCUCGCGAACCCGCGGAAUAAAGCUGUUUUCAACGCAACUGAUGUAAGGGUGCUGUAUCAUGCAGACAAGCCGGGCGCCAAGGACGCUGGGAGGGGAACAAGCGAAUCGCAUACCUCUUACAUUCAUCCGGAGAAGGUUGCUGCGACGAAGGAAAGGUCGGCAUACAUCAGACCUGGUCCUCGUGCGGUGCGUUCGCGACUAGCAGCAAAAGAAAUUGUCCUGGCGGAGGAAGCGGAACGCGAAGCCCUCGAGAGGGAGAAGAAGAAAGACGGGGAUUUCGAUACAACCUUCAGACAGUCCUACAAGAGGUAUUCGGACGAAGCGUCGAGAGCAGCGAAGCAGGACAGCGUCAAGCCCCAGCCAGAGAAUGCUCCGCAGGGAAAUCACCCCACCGAUAUCUUCAAACCCACUUGGCAACCUAUCCCUAAGUUGCCAGCUGACCUGUUUGUAACAAAAUAUUUGUGUUCUGGGCAUGCCGCACGGGCGGUGCCAACAAAGGCACCUGCGCCUUCCACCAAAGUCCUCAAGAACGGCAUGACAAGAGGUGGUGACGCGAUGUCGGAGAUUGGAGAGGGUGGUCACUAUUCCACCGGGACGACGGUCACCCUGUGGAACACGGGAGGAAUGGCGCGCGGGGGCAAGGCAGAUAGGGCCUCGCUCGGUCGUACGUCGAGGUUCACCGAACCCGGCGUCCACCCUUCGUUUUCCCAAGAGGUUUGGCCGGACGCUGGCCCUCAUCAUGCGUCUCUUCCCCGAGGCCUCAGUGACCUGGAAGCCCGGAGCUUGAUGUUCCUCAAGAAACGGGUCAUCGAGAGGGCACAGGAGAAGCCGCUGCCGUCAAUGCGCGGGUUGUGGCCCCGGACCUACGCGGAUGCUGUGGGGAAAAUCGGCCCGGCGGAGUUCCGAGAGGGGAUGGCCGAGUUUGAGGUUCCCGUGACCAAGUGCGAGGUUUGGGUUGUUACAACUGCGUUCGACACAAACAAUCGUGGCCAGGAAGACGCCCAACGCCAUGGUCUGCACCGUUCGUUCAAAACCAAGGCCACAAAUGAUUUCCCGGUUAUUUUGCAGAUCUGUUUGGACAAGCUGAUACACUUCUUUCGGGCUGGAGGGCUGUCUGAGGCUCGCCGCAAGGUUGUCCACGAGCUAUUCCGGGGCCUUGAUUCCGCAAACACAGGAGCAGUACCGCUGAGCAGCAUUCGAGCGGUGUGCGACUUUUCGAGCUCGCCGGCUGUCAUCAGAGGGUGCGGAGGGUGACUUUGUCGGUUCACAGGGACCCAAUACAUUGUAUUGUUUGGAAUAGGAGGCGCCUCCACACAGAGUGAUGUUGUGACGCAAUAACCUAGUUCGGAGUCCCGCUUAAUCAAGAUCGAGUCGUACAUGGACAUUCGAGGGCACCGGCUGGGUGUGAUGGGGGAGGGGUGGUUACGAUGCCACCAUGUACGAUUGGGGUCGGUUAGUGGCGUUGGCCAUUUUUCUACCCUGCCUGGACCUUCCCCAAUGAUAAUCUAUCUGUCUUGACCCACACUUGCUUACAUGUUUUGACCUUGUCCAGGAAAGCAUGCGAAGAGGAUAUAACGACCGAGUUCCUACAGCAUUUCCAAAACAACGAACAAGAACGGUGAGCGGAUGAUAUGUAAUCGUCAGGUCUACGCCCGCAAGGCGUCAAGUCGAGCUACCCUUUUCGAUCUGGAGCCAAUGUGUGUUGCCGUUCGAACAAGUAACACACGUACAUUCCGACGACGACCACCCCAAAAAUAUCCACGUGGGUGGACGCACCUCCUGGGAAACCUACCUUUCGUGGGGGGGGGUGGGGGGGGACUCUUUCCCCUGUUCCUCUUACUUAUUUAUUUAUUUAUUUUUGCCUUCCGACAAUUGCAGAUGUACCUCAGAAAACUUUCACUUAAUGUCUCAUACUCUACAUGAAUAUUAAACCAAUACGAAGUACAACAACAUAUGUAGGACUUGUUUCUACUGUCAUUUACAUCGUAAAAGUAUCUCCUCUUCAACUUGAAAUAAAACCAAUGACAAUCCUGAUGGUAUCCUAUAUGCGUUCGUAAGCUUGCUAAAAUACUACUGCGUUGAUGUCCGCUUGUAAAAGCUGAAAUCCAACAAAUGCUUUGAUCCAUGCUACAUCUCCGUGUUGGAAAAGCCCUUUCAUCUCCGUUCAUGAUAACAUCUUACCCUAUUCUACGCAAAUCUGUCACAUCUACUCUCAAACAAGACGCCAACUUCAAACGAAAACGCGUUCUACGAUACGUCUACACUCCAUCUCCAUAUCAUUGGCGUUGACUGGUCCGAGGUCGAUCUUGUUCGCCUGUUUUCGGCGUCUUGACGCCCGCGCAAUGCGAGCUUGUACCUCUGCACUCGCCGAGAUAUGGCCACCUGUGUAGCCACCGAAACGAUCUGAAGAAGUCACGAGAAAAAGGGCAGGGAGC